AUGAGCAGUACUGCUACACCUGAAAGACAAGGAAUCCUGUCAUUUUUUCAAAAUGUUGGUAAUAAUAAGCCUAGUACAACAAAAAAGAAACCAAAUGAUGAUAAUAAGGAAAGCAAAACUUUGGAUAACACAGAAGAUAUAAAUGAACAUUCGGAUAGUUUAAUCGUUCUAGAGGAGGAUGCAGACACUUUGGUUGGAAGGUCUGAUAUGGUUCUUGAAGAGGAAGUCGCUGAACAAGGUGACGUUGAAACCAAAGAUGUAACAAUAAUUCCUUCGGAUGAACCGGAUGUCAAUGCAUUGAAAGAGAAAGAUGAUCAGGAAUCAUUUCCUUCAAUGGCAAAUAAAGAGUUGGUUAAAGACGAAAAUGCACAAGAUUCCGUAUUAAUUGAGCCUACAGUAGCUGAUGAUAAUGAAGUAAAAGAAGAGAAGGAUCCUAUGGCGAAAACGCCAGAGGUAACAGUAUCAAAAAAGGAGCAGCUUGCCAUUAAAAGAGAGGAAGCAAGGAAGGAAAAAGAGAAACGCAAGAAAGCCAUCAGGCUAGAGAAGGAAUUGAAGAAAAAGGAACGUGAUGAAAGAGUAAGGAAAGAAAAAGAAGCCAAGCUUAAACAGCGAGAGGAAGAGAAGCGCAGAAGAGAGGAGGAAAGGCUCAAAGCUAAGCAACAAAGAGAAGAAGAGAAAUUAAGAGCCAAAAAGGUCAAAGAAAAUGAGAAAAUAAGGAAAGAAAAAGAAAAGAAAAUGAAGGAAGAAGCAAAAGAACGAGCACAAUCACGUAUUGGGAACUUUUUUAGGAAAGUGGGUGAUUCAUCAAGGCAAUCAAAGGAGACUUCUGAUUUUGAGAGAGAUUUUUUACCUUUCUAUGCUAGAGAUGGUGUCAAAUUAUCAAAUCUAUUUAGACUUUCAAAGUUUGAUCUAUCUGACAAAAAAGCUGAAGUUGAUAGUUUCCUGAAACAGUCAACGGAAGAUGAUAAUUUGCUAGAAUGGUUAAGUACGAGGUAUCAACAAAGAGGAUAUCCCGUUAAAUACACUGCUGUAUCUCUAUUGCAACAAAUGACAUCAAAGGAUAAGACGGACGAUGAAUUACAAUCCAUUCUUUCCAAAAUUCCACACAAGUAUAUCAAAUUUUAUGAAAAUGUAAGGCCUCCAUUUAUUGGGACAUACUCCAAAAUUUGUGUUUUACCUACAGAAAAUCCUUUUGAAACGGAAGGUACUGGCUUCGAUUAUGAUUAUGAUUCAGACUUGGAAUGGGUUAAUGAGGAAGACGAAGAAGGUGCGGGAAUUGAUAAUUUAGAGAGUGGUGAGGAAGAUGACGAAGAAGAUGAUGAAGAUGACCCAAGCGAAGGAGAAUUUGAUGGAUUCCUUGACACAGAUGAAAACGGAAAUCCAGCCAAUGGUAAGAAAAAGUUUAUAGGGCCACUAAUACCUACCGUUCUCCUACGAGGUUCCGCCAUGGAUGAAGAUGACAAACGGUAUUUUCAUAUGGUAUCAGUAGAUGUUCUUCUGGAAAAACAAGAGUUGCCAAUUGACUGUAGUCGAACAUUAAUUUCUUCCCAAAAGGAUAUGAAUACCGGGAAGAGAAGUGUAGACAAGGUAGCUGGAUUUUCAACGGAGGUCACACAUUCCGAAAAAAGUGCUAGCAGCUCACCGGAGAAGAAGCAAAAAGCUUUGAUUGUUGAUCCUAAGGAUUUAUUAAAACUAUUCGAUGAAGUACAAGACAGUACUUUCUCUUUAGGUACAGUGACGGAGAUUGCCCAAAAGAGUCUACCAUACUACAACAAGCAAACCAUCAAGAAUACAGUCAAAGAGUAUGCAACCAGAAGUAGUGGGAAAGGUGAUACGGCAAGAAAAUGGGAAAUCAAAAAUAUGAAGUACUGGGAAGAACUUCGAAAUAUAACACAGUAA